UAGCUCAGUACAUUCUUUAGUCGCUUGCCGUCGUCUCAUUCGUAAACACAAUCCUGGUGAUGACUUGUGUGUAAAAAGUUUACUCACCAAAUAUGACAUCAUCGAUUGAGCUGUCAACACAGCAAUCAAUUAGCUUUGCUAUAAAAAACUUUGCACAGUUAAUCCAAAGCCCGGAAUUUCUUCACUACACACCGGAAAUACUACAGCAAAUUUUAACUUCCGAUGAACUUAAUAUCGAUUGUGAAGUGGAUGUCUUCGAAGCGCUUAUGCGCUGGUACCAAUAUGAUAAAGAAAAUCGAAAAAAGCAACUUUCUAUGCUAAUACCCGCGCUCAGACUCGGUCAGUUUGACGACGCAUUCAUAACGAAAUACAUAAAACCGUUGCUUAAUGAUGAACCGAACAAUACAGAUAACCGAUUAAUAACCGAUUGUUUAACAGCGCGAAAUGAGCGGCAAUGCAAGCUGAUGGUUUUGAACGAUGUGAAGAAGUUAAAAUAUAUCCUCCGUUACAAUAUGUCCGACAAGAAAUGGCAGAAAUGUUUCGAUUUUAAAUUUAUCGAUUACAGUUAUGCUUUGUUCCAACACAAUAACUGUUUGCUAUUCGUUGGCGGACGUUCGCGUCGUUUCCAACGGAAUAAUACCGUUAAACGCUUGGAUUUGCAAACGCUGGAGUGGCAGGAAAUGGCGCAAAUGUCACAGCGACGUGAUGACUUGUGCGCGGUUUUGUUGAGGGAACAGAUUUACGCUUUUGGCGGACACGAUGGCGGUGAUCCCUUUAAUACAGCGGAAAUGUACGAUGUGCAGUCAAACCAAUGGCAAUUACUGCCUUCAAUGACCAAACACAGAUAUGGCGCAGGCGCUAUAGUCUAUCAAGACAAAAUUUAUAUAUUCGGUGGUUUGAGCAUAGAUUGUGAGCCACUAAAUUCCGUUGAAUGCUAUGAUCCAAUAUUAAAUACUUGGUCGAGUUGUUGUAAUAUGCAUGGAGCGCGUGGUUGGCCGGGUGUUGCUAUAUUGGAUGGUUUAAUAUAUGUGAUUGGUGGUUACAAUGAAGGCAUGCUGAAUACGGUGGAGUGUUACGAUCCACAGUUAAAUACUUGGCGGAAGAUUUCACCGUUAAAUGUUGCACGUUUUGGUAUAAGUGCCAUUGUAGUUGACAAGCGUAUAUGCGCCGUUGGUGGACAUGAUGUUUACACUGUCGAGGAGUAUGAUAGCGUUAAUGAUAAGUGGAUUGAAAGAGCACCGUUACCUGCAUAUGGUAUCUACAGCUGUGUGGAAGUGCCAAAUUAUAUAGUAAAUAAGCUGCAAUCACAGUAUUCUGUCAAAAUUAAUAAAAAUAUAAAUAGAAAAUUUAGAAAAUAAGAAUUGAUUAAUAAA